CGAGGCGGAGUGGUCGGAGUCCUAUGCGUUCAACAAGCGAAACGCCAAGCCAGACGGGGAAACCCGCUGGGGCGCGCUACUAGCUCGGCCCGCAGCGUUGCGGGGCAUGGGGCGACGGGAAUCCUAUGCCGAACAAAUAAGCAGGGGGCACUUUAGCAGGAUCGUGGCCAAGGAAAAGCGUGUGGGCGUGGGCGUUCGGCGGGUUUUCGGGCCCUUCGAAAAAGGCCCCCGGACCAAGUGGGUUGACUGCGCCCCGAAGCUGCGCGCCGCCCAACUUAAUACCGCGGAGCCCGGUUGUCGCGCGCUACUGGGGCCGGGGCCGGCGGCGCAGAGUGGGCCGAGCGACCGUCCGUCCGGCGCCAGCGGGGCGGGG